AUAUCCUCAGUAUAUCAUUCCUUCAAUCAUUCUGUAUGCUUCUACUUGCUCUGAUCACACAAACUGCAAUUCACUGACUCCAAAAAGACGGGACCCAUGGCUCCUUUCCUCCACCUCUUCCUCCUCCUCUCUGCCGUCGCCACCCCAAUCACUGCUACUUCAGCCUACCCUUCCAUCCCCGGCACUGAUGCAGAGGACUGCAAGAUCUCCUCUGGAGAUGGAAGUCCGGUCCCUAUUCGGCGAGAAGUGUAUGGUGGCGGGAGAAUCUUUGAUAUCACCCACCGUUACACGACCGACUUACCGUCAUGGCCCUCGGAUGAUGGGAUGGGCCAGUUCCUCUGGCUCCCUGCCAGUAUGAAGAACGGCUCUCUCGCUAAUAACUCCGAAAUGAAGAUGGCGACGCACUCCGGUACCCAUCUGGAUGCGCCAGGGCAUAUGAUUGACCGCUAUUUUGACGCUGGGUUUGAUGUCGAUACCCUUGAUCUCGAAGUGCUUAAUGGUCCAGCUUUGUUAGUUGAUGUUCCAAGAGACAGCAACAUUACGGCUAAAGUCAUGGAAUCUCUAAAAAUUCCUAAGGGGGUUCGUCGUGUGCUUUUCAGAACAUUAAAUACUGAUAGGCGGCUUAUGUAUAAAAAGGCGUUUGACUCCAGCUACGUUGCAUUUACAACAGACGGUGCAAAGUGGUUGGUAGAGAACACUGACAUCAAACUUGUUGGAGUUGAUUACUUAUCAGUAGCAUGUGAUGAUGAUUUGGUACCAGCUCAUCUUGAAUUUUUUGAAGGAAGGGAAAUCAUUCCUGUGGAAGCCCUAAAACUCGACGAUGUCCCUGCUGGACUAUAUACCGUCCACUGCUUACCUCUGAGGUUGCUUGGUGCUGAAGGUUCGCCUGUAAGAUGCAUUCUCAUAAAAUGAUGCUUGCAUGUUUCCCUCUGCCAUCUUAGAGAUUGCUUGCAGUAACAAGCUUCAUGCCCUUUCAUUUGAUGUGAGUUUCUUGCUUUUAAUUAUCCUAUGUACUAUAGUUAAAAAUAAAAAUUAGUGUGUAACCCUAUGAAAAACAAGGUCCAGACACUGUAUGUACCAUGGAGUAAGCAGCUGGUUAUGUAUCUUGGUGGCAGCCUGUAUAUGGCACAAGAAAAUGACAGCAAGGAGAAAAUAAGCCCAUGGAUUCAAAUAGUAAAUAUUGUAUUUGCCUUUUCUUUUGAGAUCUCUUCGGUUGGAUGUGGGAUAAUUUUGAUAUUAAGUGACUCAUUUUUAUUUAAUAAUUUAUAUUGUGUAAU